UGGCGAAAUCUCCACACUCCAGCAAAUUUGGUAAACAAAACAUUUUGAGGGUUGUUUUUGGAGAUUUAUUGCAAGUCUCUUUUGGAUUCUCCGUCCUCAGUGAGUAAUUAAAGUUAAAGCGGAGUUUUUCUUAGAAAUAAAUAAGAGAAAGACCGACCAUUUGUGGGUAGAAUUUAACCUCAAAUUGCGGCUUGAAGGCACACUAGAAAUGACGGAUGUUGAUCUACAAUUGGGGGUCCAGGAGGGAGUGUCCUACCCCAUAAAGGUCCAAUACUGUGGAAAUUGCUCAAUGCCUAUUGAAUACUGCGAAUACUAUCCCGAAUACGAGAAAUGCAAGGUUUGGCUGGAAAAGAACCUUCCCAGUGAAUUUGAAAAGGUGAAGAUCGAUGAUGCUGCCGAGGCAACCUCCACAAAUGCAACAGAUGAUGACAAGAAGAGACAAAAACGCGGUGGGAAGGGAAUGAUGAAGACCAAGAAGAAGGAUGAUGGCCCAAAGAAGAUUUGUGUCUUCCGGGCUCCCCGUGGAAAGAAGAAGUCUGUGACUGUGGUCACAGGAUUGAGCACUUUUGGGCUAGACCUGAAAGUGGCAGCCAAGUUCUUUGGCACGAAAUUCGCUUGUGGCUCCUCCGUGACCGGAGACGAUGAGAUUGUGAUCCAGGGAGACGUUAAGGAUGACCUGUUUGAUGUGAUUCCCGAAAAAUGGCCAGAAAUUGAUGAAGAUCUUAUUGAGGAUCUUGGUGAUCAGAAACGCUAAUUUUUUUUGUAUUGUAAAAUAUCUUCAAUAAAAAAAAUACGCUGUGGACAAA